CACUCCUGCAAUUGUCACUCGGACAUCGUAGUCCAUCGAUAUCCGUGCCCUGAGCAAGGUUUAAGUCGAGCAGCGAAGGACACAACAGUUACUAUAAUCGUGCUAUACAAAAAAAGGAUAAAACUAUCCGUAGUCGUCAAAUGGGAAACUGCAACAUAUGUGAUAUAAACUAAUUAAAACCAACAUUCAAGUAUAUUCUAAAUCAACGUUAAUUAAACUAAUACGGAGAGUGGCAGCAGAGAACUGGCAACGAUAAAUCAAAAUGAGAAUAUAUUGUGUGGGCUUGACUUUUAUAUAGUUAUUACAAUGACAUUCAGUGCUACAAAAACGACAAAAACGACGAAAAGCAGAAACUAAAUCAACAAGAAAGCUUUAAAUAUAUUUUCUACUUAAUAAAACUUAAAUUAAUUGCACCAAAUGUGAUCGAACCGAAAUAAUUUAUUGAGCAACCAGAUACGAGUUACUUCAACAAUAAAUUCUACAACACAUUGCCUUCUCUCAUCGUAGCCUAAACGAAACGAACACUAAAAGUCAACUACAUAGACGUAGCAACUAUCGUUAAUUAUUAGCCAUAACUGCAAUCCGAAUAAGCAAUUAGCCGAGUGAAUGAAAACCCAGCUCGAACAUUUUCUACGUGCAAAGUAUUAUGAUAAGAAUAGGCAAUGCAUAGACUAAGGCGAUCGGUCCGAGCAUACAUUCACGUCGCAGUGCGCUAACAUUUGUGCCGCGCUAACGUCAACGUCGAUUCAUAGAUAUUAAUAAAUGUUUAUAGCUUUCAAUGCCAAAAUUCAAACGAAAAUGAAAUCGCCAACGAAUACAAUGCUGCAUAACGUCAACGUUACGUAGCAACACGCCGAGCGUUGCGUUACGCUACGCUUCGUAACAGAGAUCCGUUAGAGCCAAUCGAGGAUCCGCUCCACACACUAAAACACACCAACAAAACACCAAUCUCCGAUAACCCACUAUCGCCUAUCGAUUGCCAAUCGACGCAACUCGCCGAAAGCCGUUAAUGAAUCGCCACUGGCGGUACUCGCGCUCACAACUUCGUCGUCAACGAGAAACGCAGCAGCAGCGCCGCAGGACGAUACAUCAGCAGCGCAGCCAGAAGCACCAUCGCUGGAAAGCCACCAAUAACAAUAACAGCAAAAACUACAACAACACUAUCAACACCGACAUCAACAACAACAAAUACAACAACAACAACAACGAAUUAACGGAGCUAAAAAAGCAGCCGACCACUGGCGAUCAACGCAGCCCAUCCUCAGCCCGCCACUCAGUUGCGCCAGCUCACAGGGCUGACGCAGCUUCCCAACUACGCUACAGCUACAGCUACAGCUACAGAAAACCCAAGAACCACCACAAGAACUACAGCACCACACAUAGAAAUCUGUUUAAAAAUAUUACUCUUUGCUUCUAUUUCUAUAACUCCUCCUCUUUGUGCCUAUCGAAACUGUGCGCUCAGUACGUUCUCGUAGUUGUUGAGAAGGUUGAGAAAGUAUCGACUCACGUGACUCUUUCAGCAUGGACGUUGACUUUAUUAAGCUCCUAAACGUAACCUGUGUCAUCCCAUUGAUUUCGAACUGUUAAUUAAUUACCACAAUCCGACUAUUCCCACGCAACCUUGAAACCAACGGAUACGUACCUACUGACGUGACGUAUACGCACCGUUGAACGGAACAAACAAGCAAA